CGGUGGCGGGCCGCGGGGCCGCGCACGCGGGAAAAGCUUCCCCGGCGUGCCCCCAUCUCCCGCGUCCCCGCCCCGUCCCCCGCGUCCCCCUACGCGCCCACCGCCCGCGCCCGGGCCGUCGCGAGGUUGCAGCUUGAGGAGAUUCCCAACCUACUGAACAUCUGUACAGCCACCCAGGAGUUGGGGCCCAGCUCCCAGUUUAUUCGGUUUCCCUUGUGCAGCCUAGGGCUCUGUGCCUAGACCAACACGGGCCGGUCAAGAUGGCAGAGACACUGGAGUUCAACGACGUGUAUCAGGAGGUGAAAGGCUCCAUGAAUGAUGGUCGGCUGAGGUUGAGCCGCCAGGGCAUCAUCUUCAAGAAUAGCAAGACGGGCAAAGUGGACAACAUCCAGGCUGGGGAGUUGACAGAAGGCAUCUGGCGCCGCGUAGCUCUGGGCCAUGGACUUAAACUGCUCACGAAGAAUGGCCAUGUCUACAAGUAUGAUGGCUUCCGAGAAUCGGAGUUUGAGAAACUCUCUGAUUUCUUCAAAACUCACUAUCGACUUGAACUAAUGGAGAAGGACUUGUGUGUGAAGGGCUGGAACUGGGGGACAGUGAAGUUCGGUGGGCAGUUGCUUUCCUUUGACAUUGGUGACCAGCCGGUCUUUGAAAUACCCCUCAGCAAUGUGUCCCAGUGCACCACAGGCAAAAAUGAGGUGACACUGGAAUUCCACCAGAAUGAUGACGCAGAGGUCUCUCUCAUGGAGGUGCGCUUCUACGUCCCUCCCACCCAGGAGGAUGGUGUGGACCCAGUUGAGGCCUUUGCCCAGAAUGUGCUGUCAAAGGCGGAUGUAAUCCAGGCUACUGGAGAUGCCAUCUGCAUCUUCCGGGAGCUGCAAUGUCUGACUCCCCGCGGUCGUUACGACAUUCGGAUCUACCCCACCUUUCUGCAUCUACAUGGCAAGACCUUUGACUACAAGAUCCCCUACACCACGGUACUGCGUCUCUUUUUGCUGCCCCACAAGGAUCAGCGCCAGAUGUUCUUUGUGAUCAGCCUGGAUCCCCCUAUCAAGCAGGGCCAGACCCGUUACCACUUCCUGAUCCUCCUCUUCUCCAAGGACGAGGACAUCUCCUUGACUCUCAACAUGAAUGAGGAAGAGGUGGAGAAGCGCUUUGAGGGGCGGCUUACCAAGAACAUGUCAGGAUCGCUCUAUGAGAUGGUCAGCCGGGUCAUGAAAGCACUGGUGAACCGCAAGAUCACAGUCCCAGGCAACUUCCAAGGGCACUCGGGGGCCCAGUGCAUUACCUGCUCCUACAAGGCAAGCUCGGGACUGCUGUACCCACUGGAGCGGGGCUUCAUCUAUGUUCACAAGCCACCCGUGCACAUCCGCUUCGAUGAGAUCUCCUUUGUCAACUUUGCCCGUGGCACCACCACCACUCGCUCCUUUGACUUUGAAAUUGAGACCAAGCAGGGCACUCAGUACACCUUCAGCAGCAUUGAGAGGGAGGAGUAUGGGAAGCUGUUUGAUUUUGUCAACGUAAAAAAGCUCAACAUCAAAAACCGAGGAUUGAAAGAGGGCAUGAACCCAAGCUACGAUGACUAUGUUGACUCUGAUGAAGAUCAGCAUGAUGCCUACUUGGAGAGGAUGAAAGAGGAGGGCAAGAUCCGGGAAGAGAAUGCCAACGACAGCAGUGAUGACUCAGGAGAAGAAACUGGUGGGCUAGCCUCAGUGCUGGGCACGAGGGCAGCCAGACUUUCCUUCCUGAGUCCUGGGCUGGACUCACCCGGGGAUGAGUCAUUCAACCCAGGUGAAGAGGAGGAAGAUGUGGCAGAAGAGUUUGACAGCAACGCCUCUGCCAGCUCCUCCAGUAAUGAGGGUGACAGUGACCGUGAUGAGAAGAAGCGGAAACAGCUCAAAAAGGCCAGGAUGGCCAAGGAUCGCAAGAGCCGCAAGAAGCCUGUGGAGGUGAAGAAGGGUAGAGACCCCAAUGCCCCCAAGAGACCCAUGUCUGCAUACAUGCUGUGGCUUAAUGCCAGCCGAGAGAAGAUCAAGUCAGAUCAUCCUGGCAUCAGCAUCACGGAUCUUUCCAAGAAGGCAGGCGAGAUCUGGAAGGGAAUGUCCAAAGAGAAGAAAGAGGAGUGGGAUCGCAAGGCUGAAGAUGCCAGGAGGGAAUAUGAAAAAGCCAUGAAAGAAUAUGAAGGGGGCCGAGGCGAGUCUUCUAAGAGGGACAAAUCAAAGAAGAAGAAGAAAGUAAAGGUAAAGAUGGAAAAGAAAUCAACGCCCUCUAGGAGCUCAUCAUCCAAGUUGUCACCAAGGCAGCUAAGUGAGAGCUUCAAGAGCAAGGAGUUUGUGUCCAGUGAUGAGAGCUCUUCAGGAGAGAACAAGAGCAAAAAGAAAAGGAGACGGAGUGAGGACUCUGAAGAAGAGGAACUAGCCAGUACUCCCCCCAGCUCAGAGGACUCGGCAUCAGGAUCUGAUGAGUAGAGAGGAGGAAGAUUCUUCUUGUGCUUGCCUUGUCACACGCCUAGGCUUCCCGCCCAUGUUUUGGUACCAGUUUCUCCUUAUAUGACUUGUAGUCCUUGGAUUCUGUGCCAUCUGAACAAGCUGUCCUGGUGGUUUGCACUUCACUGGGACAGUGGGGGAGGCAUCUUAACUCUGCAGCUUCACAAGGAUGGCCUUUUGUUAUUUGGGGAGAGACUGGGUGGGAGGCAGGGCAGUGUAGGAUUCAAGUCCUCAUCCUACUUUCCCGACAUUAGGGAUAUAGCUGCUUCUUGUCUUGGUCAAGUUGCUGCAGCAGGGGUCAUGUGAGGUCAGGCUUGUAGCUCCUAACUGGGGCCUAUUUCUACCUUUAUUUUGUAUUUCUGGUCUGUGAAAAAUCAACAUUUAAUAAAGGGAACUGACUUUGGAAA